UGAGCUGCUUGCUGAGAAGUUUUCUGAGAAAGAAACCGUUCAGCUCAUACCGGAAGCUUUGCUGUCUUCAGUUGCAGCACACUUCUAAGGAAAGCCCAAACCCAGGAGUUCAAUUUAUUUUAAAUGAAUUCUGUGGAUCUGCUGCAUUUUUCCUGUCUCCUUUGCUGCUGAGGAGAUAUCCUACAGUGUGUCACAGCUGAAGAUUAACAUGUUUUGCUUCCUAACUGACUAACCAGAAACAGAAAUGGAUUUACGAAGCACGCCCUAUCGCUCCGAAGUGGCCCGCUGGUCGCCCAGUGAGUUGGCAGACUACUUUAGGAGGUUAAACUUCAAGGAUUGCGAGAAAGUUGUUAGGAAACUUAAUAUAACUGGACAAAGAUUUCUGAGCAUGUCUGAAAAUGAUAUUCAGAAGUUUCCAAAACUAAAAGUUCCUAUUCUAAGUAAAUUAAGUCAGGAAAUAAACCGACAUGAAGAAAAAAGAAGCAUCUUUCCAAAAAGAACGCAGAUGCAGAAAUCUCCUGAACAUACAGAAUAUAAACCAGAGGAGGGUGAUGGUUGGUCCUCCUUUGAUGAAAGUGAUGAUUAUGAAAGCCCGGAUGAAAAUCAGACUGGAGAUGGUGUUGAUUAUGAAACGCCCAAUGAUCAAGAUGGGUUUGAUGAAAAUGAUGCAGAUUAUGAACCUCCUCCAUCAAAUGAUGAGGACAUUCACCGCAAUGCUAUAUUUCCUCACAAACCAAUUCCGCCCACUUCAGACUACAUAGACAGACCUGCAACAGAAAGAGGUAAAACUUCUCUCCAGCCUCCUGUUCCGCCACAGAGGCCUGCCCACAGCCCCAUACCAGGAGCAUCCCGAAGCAGAGUCCAUGGGACACCUUUCAGUUCUCCUUCAAGCAAUGACAGUUACAGAGACAAAAGUGCAAAUCUCUUUAGACCCCCAGUUGAUCGAAGCAAAAAACCACCAAUGGAUCGACCUGGGCCAACCUUUGAGAGAGAAAGCCUUGGAGCUGGCAAACGAGCUUUUCCUGAAGUGGCUCUAACACCAAAGCUCAGAUCUCUGGCAGAAGACUUGGCAAAGAUACAGAAGCCUCCUCUGCCAUCCACUGAGAGAUUCGAAAAAAAUAGUCCUUCCUCUAGAAGAAUGCUACCACACACAAAGAGCAAUCAGAUGCUUGAAAGACAGAUAGAAAUGGAACCAGACAUCAAUUUUUUUUUUGUCAAAUGUUUGUUUUUGCUCUUCUCACUAGAUAUUCUCCAAAGGCCAGUUCCACAGCCAUCACCUCAGCCCUUCAACACCUUUCCUUCCAGAACCACUAAGUCUAAUAUAAUUCCUUUCCCACCAAAAAUGAAGACAGAUCUACAUACAGGAAGCGUUCCCUCAAGUGCAUCAUUACCAACACAUCUUCUGCCAAGUAAUCUCUCCAGAACCUUUUCGAAAACCCCAGCAGAUGGCAGACCACCAUUACCAAUUCCCAAUAAACCAAAUGCAGAAUUUCCUAAAGCUGACAAUGAAAGAGUGGAACAAAGUCAUAAGGGUCAACAAAAUCAGAAGUGGUAUGCUGCUGAUAUCACCCGGUCAGAUGCAGAAGUUGCACUUAGGAAUAUAAACCAGGAUGGUUCAUUUUUAGUAAGAGACAGCUCCAAAAAAUCAGUUACGCAGCCGUAUGUUCUAAUGGUGCUUUACCACAACAAAGUUUACAAUAUCCAGAUACGUUAUCAACAAGAGACUCAGGUCUACUUCUUGGGAACUAGCUUGAAAGGAAACGAGGACUUCACUUCGGUGACUGACAUUAUUGAUUACUUCAAACGAAUGCCCCUUCUGCUGAUAGAUGGAAAAGACCGAUGCUCAAAGAAGCAGUGCAUGUUAACAUAUGCUGCUGGAAAUCUUUAGAAGCAAAAAUGCAUGAAGCUCAACUUCAAGCUCAACUCGGUCUUUUAAGUUAGAGGAGCAACUGAUCUGUGUUGGAUGAACUCUACAUUCAUAUUACAGGAGUUAUCAAUUUGCAUUGGAUGAACUGAGAUAAUUUCUUAUCUGUUUUUUCAUAUUGUACCAUAAAGGUUGCUAAUAUAUUAUCUCUCCCUCCCUCCCACCCACCCCUCUUGGUAUGAAAGCUGUUAAGCACAUUCAUUUUUCACUGAAAAAAUUAUAUGUGUUAUAUCCGUUGAUUAAAAUAUACUCUGUAGACUGUUUUAUUAUUACUGGAUUUUUUUUUCAAGAUGAAGUCUUCUAAACAAUAGUUCUAUAUACAUUUUCCAUAUAAAGUUUUAGUAACAGAUUCAUUCAAGAAUAGUUUAACAGAUAUUUCCUGAUGUUAUCAUGAGGAAUGCAUAUGCAUGCCUGUUAAUGUUUGUUCUUAGUGAAAACUUGUUUAUUGAGUUCCAUAUAGGAUAGCACUGGUUAAUUGUGAUAAUUAAGAGUCAAAGGAUAUUUGUGUGGUCAUUUUCUACUUAAAUAUUUGUUAAAGAACUGAUUGUUUCCUCUUGCAGUCUUUAUUUGUAUUUUUCUAACAAAGCUAUUGUAUAUUAUGACUUCUCAUAAUAUAAAUGUUUUUAUUUUUUAUCGGUCUUCGAACCAUGAAAUGUAAAUUUAUUUCUGUACCAAUCAUUCAAUCUGGGUAUAGGAAACCCUACACCCAGUGGUAUAGUUUCCUGCAAGAGCAGGGGACUAGAAGACCUCAAGGUUACUUCCAACUUUGUCAAUCUGUUAUUAUUAUCUAAAUUACCUUUAAUUUUAAUUAAUUGCCAGUCUGACUUAUUAAGAAGUAUAUUUUUUAUUAAACUGUCAUGGCAAUUUGUCUGGAUUGUAUUUUUUCCUAACAUAUUAUUUACUUAAACAACUUAAACUGAAGAACCGUUCUCAUUUUUUAUACUAUUAAAGAAGUUGAAAUGACACUGAAUUUUUAAUGCGGACAUUUCAUAAUGUAUCUUACAAAAUGCAAAGAUGAUAGACUGGGUAGAAUGGGUUGAUUUGUUGAAAAUAAUAUUUUAGUGACUUAAACAAACCAUUUAGUCAACAAAUCCGUUCAUUAUAUUCUUCUUGAACAGUACCAGAAUAUUAAGAUUUUAAUUUUUUAUUAUAGUAGAAGAGUGAAUCUUUGAAUCUUUGAUCUGCCUGUUGCAGUGUAAAGCUUGUAUAUUCUUACCUUAUCUAAAAUAACAAGUUUAUUAUAACAAGAUUUUAAAUGAGGGACAUGGUGGCUUAGUGGCUAAGACCCUGAGCUUGUCAAUUAAAAUAUCGGCAGCUCAGUGGUUCAAAUCCCUAGUGCCGCAUAACGAGGUGAGUUCCCGUUACUCGUCCCAGCUUCUGCCAACCUAGCUGUUCAAAAGCACGUAAAAAAAAUGCAAGUAGAAAAAUAGGGACCACCUUUGGUGGGAAGGUAACAGCGUUCUGUGUGCUUUAGGCAUUUAGUCAUGCUAAUGACUAGUGGAGGCCUAAUGACCAUGGAGACGUCUUCGGACAGUGCUGGCUCUUCUGCUUUGAAAGCGAGAUGAGCACCACUCCCUAGAGUUGGGAACAACUAGCACAUAUGUGCGAGGGCAACCUAAAAUAACAUGAACAUUUGAACAUCACACCAAAGCAUAUUGAUUAUUGUGUCAGGAAAUUACAAGGAACCACAGACUUCCUCUUGUCUAAGAUACAUUUGGAGGCCUUUGUCUCUAGUUUAUUCAUUUAGAUGAAAUAAAAAUUCACUAUUAAAUGUGAUUAAAACUAAUUAUGGAACAGUCUGACGCUUUCUAUAUUAAAUAAAUCAUGACUAAAAUCAACCUCAUAACAAGUUAUGAUUGGGGGGAGGAGUAAAAAUUUCUGAGCACAGGAGUAAAAGAGGGAAAGGGACCCAUUAGUGCAAGCCCUCAGUGGUUUGGUCACAUUGUCCCGAGCAAGAAGCAAUCUGAUAUUUCUGAUGAAUGAUGAAUGAACCCCCUUCUACCUCAACAGAAAAUAUUUCGAUGAAAUGGAUUGUAUGCUUCUUCUUUUUUUUAUCCAGGAAAAUAAUUAUGAAAUAUUUACCUAUGAACAGCUGCAUUUAUACAGGUCAAUUUUAUUUAAUACACAAUUGUUUUAACAACUAAACAUUCCAAAUUAAGAAUAUA